CUUGAAAUAAAAGUGCUUUUGGCUAGCAGAGGAGCCUUCUGUAGAAGUACUUCCAAGUGCUUGAAUUUUAAUAAAAAUUACAACAUGUUUCUAUCAAAAGCAUUUCUAGAAAAACGCUUAUGAACAAAACUGCUUUUUACAAAACCAGUCACAAACGAAACUUUAAAGUCUACAAGUCAAGUCCACCAUUGGCUCUCCUUCAGAUAUGCAAUAGGCUGAAACCAUCAAGAAAGAGACUUUCGGUGGAUGGUGGUUGGUUUGUGUGGACUUGAGUCUUGACUUGGACUUGUCCCCAUUGCUAAUUGCUUACAGAAAGACUUCAUGUUCAUUUAGAAACUCACAGUUGUAUUUGAAACUCUGUGGAUUGAGCCUGGAAGUGAAAGUAUGGAGAUGGAAAGCAACCUUACGGUGAAGAAUCCGAAGCUAGAAGCCUUCGGAAUUCUCCGAAAAGCUCUUGCAAUCUCUGCCAAAAACACCAAUUUUUUUGUCUUCGCAAUCCUCACCUCCCUCCCUCUCUUCUGUUUCAUGAUUUACUAUGAAUCUGUUCUCCAAAAAUUCAUGGUCGAAAUCUCAGAAAUUCUAAAACAAAACCCCGAUGAUCUCGACUUCUAUUGGCUCGUACCUCUUGACAUAGCCAGAAAAAUGAAAGACUAUUCUGCUGGGUUCAUUCAUCUCAGUCUUCUGUAUCUUGUGCCUCUCCAUCUCCUAGAGCUCAGCACCGUGCUUUUGAUCGUUGAUUUGGCAUCGAAGAUCUAUGAAGAAGAGAGACCAACGAUGACUCUCAAGGAAAUGCUACGUAUACCCUUUGACAAAACAAGAUUGAAGGGCAGUUUUGUUACAUCUGUCUAUGUUCUUGUCUGGUCAACCUGUAUGCUUCUCGGAUUGAUAUGGUUAGCCGCAACAUACUGUGUUGUCUUCCAGCCAGUAAUGUACGGACUGUACUUUUCUGUUUGGUGCUGGCCGGCAUUUACAGCACUGCUUACGAUUUACUUAGCAUGGAGUGUUGUGUGGAAUGUGAGUCUUGUGAUUUCAGUGUUGGAGGGGACACAUGGGAUCAAGGCGUUUGCGCUAGCGAUAUAUUUUAGCAGCGGUAGUGAGUGGAAAGGGAUUCUUUUGAUGCUUGUUUUCUUUGCUUGGGAAGCAAUUUUAAGGUUGCCUGGCAUAUACAUCGGCUUCUACGAAAGGACUAAUUAUGUUGCUCUCGCUGCUGAGAUUAGCUUGUUCUGUUUUGGGAAUGUGGUGAAGUGGGUGGCCUGCACGAUAUAAUUCUGCGAUUGCAAGAACCGGGCUGUCGAGAAGAAGUUGGCGAUGAAGGGUAAGACACGUGAAAACUGUGGAUGAAUUUCAUGAUCAGAAACUCCAAAGCUCAGUUAGGAACAGCAAUCCAUCAGUUUUCACAUUAUGCAGAUAAACUAGGUCUUCUGGCUCAAUUUGUAUCGUUUUAUGUAUCACUUUGAUUGAAAAAGUUUCAUAUAAUUAAGUUGCCCUUGUACUACUGUUGUGCAACAUCGUCCCGCUCAGGUGUAGGGUUUUAUCCAAAAGAUAUCGGUGUUAUUAGCACUCAACUGUUUGUAUUUGGUAAACGAUGUGCAAUAUAUUCCAUAUUUA